AUGCCCCCUAAGAAACUACAUACUUUGCAUCCAAAUGAUACAGGCAAUGAUUCUGCUUUACUAGCUCUUUUCUACGGUGUUCCACCUGUAACAAGAACUGUUUUAUUAUUAUUCUCCGUAGUCACAUCCAUUGUCGCGCUACAACUAAUCCCAACUGGGUAUUUAAUUUACUCAUGGUCAGACACAUUCAAACAUUUCCAACUGUGGAGAAUUCUAACAUCAUCUCUAAUCUUACCCUUACAAAUAACAAACCUACUAAUGGAACUAUAUAACUUCUACUCCCGUUCCAUUGACCUAGAACAAAACCGUUUCCUAAUCUCCAGUUCUACAAACCCAUCCAUAGACUAUGCCUACUACAUCGCAGUGUCCAUGGUAUCCAUCGCGAUUUCAUCCUCCCUCGUUGUAGGGAGACAAUACUCAUUUGUCUUAUCUUCCCCAUUCACAACAUGUAUAACAUGUACAUGGGCAAUAGAUAACGCAAACAAGAAAAUCCUAUAUUACGGAAUAAUCCCAGUAUACGGGAAAUACUUACCCCUAAUCCAAUUGGUUACAUCAUUCAUAUUUGAUCAAAAUGGAUUUUAUGUCUGUUUAACGGGACUCUCAACAAGUUAUCUGUUCGCAUGUUUGGAUACAGGGUCAUGGGGUCCCAUUUGGGGGUGGCUAAGGGGUAAACAACCCAAUUAUGGGAUAGCUCCUGCGGGGAAGUUUGGAGCUCCUGUUUGGUUUAUUCAUUUAUAUCAAGCUUGCUUUGGGGAACAAGAAAUUUAUGGGGUUAUGAGAAGUGACGGGUAUGUUAAGAGGAACUCUAAGAAGAAGUCUACUUUUAAGUCUACUUUUGCUAGUUUGACUAAAGGAGGAGGACAAAGAUUGGGGUCUCUUGACGAAACUCAAGGUAAGAAGGCAGAAAACAAGGAUGUUACUAAGAAGGGUAAAGCUGGUGGAGUUAAUAAGGUUGAAGCAGAAGCUACUACCAAAUUAAAGAGAUUAUCUCCAACGGAGGAACGUGAAAAAAGAGUAGCAGCUUUAUUGCAAAGAAGGAAAUUGCAAGAGGAAGAAGAAAAGAAUAAAUUAGAAAAAGAACACCGAGGGACAGAAAUUCUAGCAACGGCCGUUGAAACAACUAAUAAAGAAGAUGUUCAUUCCACCAAAAAUUCAAAGAAAGUUCCAGAAGAAAAGAAAUGA